AACCUCACGAUGCCAAAAUUCUCCCCAAAACCUCUCGUCACCGGAGAGAGAGAAAGCGACGAAGCGACCGACGAUCAGCGCAUUCUGGACGGGAGCUGGACCGCGCCCAAUUACGCCUUCCGCCGCCAUCCCCCGACGCCAAUUGAGGCCAAUGCCUCGCCGAUAACCCGGAAGAACCCUCCCGCCACCCCGAACCUCGCCGCCUAGUCGCUCGUCCGACGGCAAAAACCAAACCCUCACGAAGCACCAUCGCCAUGGCGUCCUUCGCCGCCGCCCGACGGCCGUUCGCUGCCGCCUCGGCAUUCUCCUCCCUCCUCGCCCAGCCUGCCGCGGCCGCCGCUCGCCCCUUCAGCACCACCCUCCCCCAGCAGACCAAGACCGUCAAGGCGCACCGCCUGCCCGACCGCCUGAUCCCGCCGUACCCCUACGGCGAGCGCCGCAUCUACAAGCAGUCCAACCGCGGGCUGUACGGCGCCGCGCGCAUCCGCUUCGGCAACAACGUCGCUGAGAAGUGGGGCAACAAGAGCCGCCGCUUCUGGCGGCCCAACGUCCAUGUCAAGAGCUUCUACCUGCCGGCCCUCGACGCCAACAUCAAGACCCGCCUCACCCUCCGCGUCCUCAAGACCAUCCGCCGCGAGGGCGGCCUCCAGGAGUACCUCCUCAAGAGCAAGCCCGCCCGCCUAAAGGAGCUCGGCCCCGGCGGCUGGAACAUGCGCUGGCUGCUCAUGCAGAGCCGAGCCAUCCAGGAGCGCUUCAACGAGGAGCGCAUCGCCCUCGGUAUGGAGCCCAAGCCCAUUGAGAACCGCGACGAUGUCAUCCAGUACGCUCUCGACUUUGCCACACCUGGUCCUCUGAGCAUGCGAAGUCGCUCGACACUCGAGGAGCUUAAAGCGGCCGCCACUGCUGAGCACGAGGCCUUUACUCUGGGCGAUUUAGAUUUGGCCGAUCUAGAGGGAAUUGGGGAGCUGUCAGACGAAGAGGAGGCUCGCUUGUUUAAGGAGCUUGAUUUGGCCGAGGCUCAGGCCAGCAAGAUUAAGAACAAGGACACCGUCACUGUGUAA